AUUAUAAUUUUGAUGUUCCAGGCAGGCAUUCUUGUUACAAUUGCGAUAAAUCCUCUUGAGUUUCAUUGCCUCUGUUAUCUCUAUGCUGUUUGUGGACUUUGCUUUAAAGGUUCUGAGUUUGCACCAGUUAGAAGAAGAAAGGGAUGUGUGAUGAGUGCUUAGAUUUAGCUCUUCAUGUUAAAAACAAUGCGGGAUAUGAUCGCGUAGUGUUAUGUUAUUAUCUUUAAAUCAUUGUGUGCCAAAUGUUUUCCUUUCCUGGGGCAACAUCAUUCCUUUUUAAUUGUCAUUAACGCUAUCUAAAUCCUCUCCAAUCUUUUGGAUAAGUUAAAAGAAUUGACUGCAUUCCACAUUCUUAGACCACGCAAAAGGAUAAAAGUGAAGCUAGGAAGGAAUAAAGAAAGAAGAGUGAUGGAUAGCAUAAUAUACUUGAGUUUAUAACAGUCUCAUGAAGUAUAAUUUUUUUUCAAUGAAAUUGAAUAUUAAUUGUCUUAAUUUGAUCUCUUUGACUUUUCCGCUUACAACACUUGGGUUUAUUUGCAUUUUAAUAUUUAUUUGUGACUUUAUGGCUGUUUCUCUGUAUGACAAGAUGGAUUCAAUCAAUGAAGAAAAACCAGAAGAACUCUUGUUCAAAGAGUAUCUAGAAAUAAUAAUGAAGGAAGAAGGCUUGACAGUUGAUGAUUUACAUGGUGUUCAAUUACAAAUUAUGCAACACAAGAAUACCUCUAAUAUGAAUAAGAUUCUCAAGGGCAAAAAAGAGGCAGCUGCAAUAUCAGAUAGCAAAAAUGAGAAUGUUAAAGGGAGCAGUUCAUGGGAGAAAGGUGAAUGCGUCAUGGCACAACACAAGAAGCAUAAAACUUUAAACAAAUAUGGAGUUUCUCCAGAGAAGAAGGUGGAUACUGAAUUGCAAAAGAGUUGUUUAGCAUCUAAAGUUCCUGAAAAUAUCAAACUUGUGUACUUAAGAAGAAGCUUAGUAGAGAAGCUACUAAUGCAGUCAGACAAUUUUGAGGACAAGGUUGUUGGAAAGUUUCAUCGGAGUCAGAAAGGGGUCUGGAAAUGGUUCAGGGAGUACAUCUUACCAUCUCCUGUAGGUUACAGCCUGAGGCUGUAUUUAACCUGAAGCAUGGAUGUUCGUUGAACAGGCAUAAAGAGAACCCCAGAUGUGGAAACAAAUGGGGAUGUUUUCCUUCAAGUUGCUUGUGUGGAACCUGAUGUUCACAUAUAUAUGCUGUCUGACAGUAACAUCUCUGAGGAACUGUGUGAGGAUUUGUGUCAGAAAGUGAUAGAUGGCCUGGUAAAAAAACCUAUUGUUGUAAGUUCUUGCUGUCACAAUGCAUUUGAUCUUGUUCUAUGCAGCAAUUACCACUUUUUAAUAUGGCUCUCUCUUGGAUCCUGAGAUUGUUGUACACUUCUAUUCAAAGGCCCUUCCUUAAAAACAGAAAUGAAAUCUUGGUAAAGAACUUUUUAGUAAGGGAGUGGAAAAUUAAUAGAAGAAUCAUAUGCAA